AUGGACGGGGGUUUGAGCAUUACAUUAUAUUCGGUAGCGAUGUUUAUCGGUUGCUUCCUACUCGGAUUCAUCCCUCUCUUGUUUCGACUUUCAGAGAGAAGCCUGCACUUUGUCUCCAUCCUGGGUGCAGGGUUCUUGUGUGGUACAGCCCUAGCCAUCACUAUCCCUGAAGGAGUGGGCUUAAUGCAAGAGUCCCGGAAACACCAGAAUGCAGCUUCUUUACAUGUUGUGAACGCAACCCUCACCAAUACCAAUGAAGGCGAUCCCUUGCCUCAGCUGUGGAUCGGAGUGGCUUUGACGUUCGGCUUCACCUUCAUGUUUGUGGUAGAUCAACUGGGCAGUUACUUUUGUUUGUGUGGACAAAAGACUCCUAACACUGACGCUAUAACAGCAACACUGGGGCUGGUCAUUCAUGCCGCAGCUGAUGGAUUCGCCCUGGGUGCAGUGGUAGCCACGGGGCAGGUGACAGUGCAAAUCAUCGUCUUUUUGGCUGUGAUUCUACACAAGGCUCCAGCAGCUUUUGGUUUGGUUGCCUUUCUGAUGCAUGCGGGACUGGAAAAAAAAUCCAUCCAGGGACACUUGUUGGCAUUUUCAGCUGCAGCUCCAAUUGUUGCCAUCGCGACAUACUUCAUAUUGCACGCAACGAGCACAUCGUCUCAGAAUCAAAUCGGUGCUACAGGUAUCGGGAUGCUUUUCUCGGGUGGGACAUUCCUUUUUGUUGCCACGGUGCAUGUUCUUCCUGACAUCAUCAGCAGUAGCAGACACAGUCGUGCGAGCCAACAACAAACAGAUCACCCACAGCAGCAAAGCCACUUGGGACUUAAGGAGAGUUUCACCCUUGUUCUUGGGGUGGGUCUUCCUGUGCUACUGGCUGUGGCGGUUCAUGAUGACUAA